AUGCCUCUUGACUCUCCCGAGGACGUCGUCGUACGGUAUGCACGUUGUUACAUUAUGUAUUUAUUAGGUGGCGUUUUACUUCCUGACAAGGCGAAUAACACAGUUCACGUGCGUUAUCUUCCUCUUUUGGCCAACUAUGACACCAUUAGUACCUAUAGUUGGGGCAGCGCCGUGCUCUGUUGGUUAUAUAGAGCCAUGUGCCUAGCUACUGAUUAUAACGUCGAGAGAAUGGCUGGCUGUCAUACGUUGCUGAUGUCAUGGAUAUACUUCAAGCUUCCCUUCUGGGCACCAAAAGUUACGAGCCCAUAUAUGUUUCCUUUAGCUACAAGGUGGGCGGGUAAGAGAGGAAAGAAUGACUACGCUAAGCAACGCUUGCUUAGGCACCACCUGAGGUUAGACGGUCUGAAGGUGGAUGAGUUUACGUGGAUGCCGUACAGCGAUGCACGUAUUCUGUCAAGAGUGCUUGCAAAAUUUCUUAGAGCCCCACAUGGUGACUUCUUCACCGCGGUCGUGUCGUUGAUAUUGUUCAAGUGGAUCGAGAUUGUUAACAUUGACAGCGUCAUGCGGCAAUUUGGCGGCAAACAAGGUCCAUCGAACCCUCCGCUAAACAUCAACACCUUUCAUCGCCAAUCGGCGCGCAUAUUGCCUUUUGCUUCGCUAGCCAAACUUUCUUGUAAGACACCUUGUAUCCGUACGUUGACUCCACAGAACCCUGCAACACCUUUAUGCAAAUGGUCGCGUCUGCUUGAACCAUGGGAAAUAUGUGCUGGCAUAUGA